CUUCUUCCUCAGAUUAUCUGGAACCUUAUCACUCUUUAAGGAAACUUCGCAUAAAAAACGCCCCAUAAGAUAUGAUACGGACUGCGUAACCUUUGCAAAUGCCUAAAAUUUAUCACGAAAAUGGGUGAAAACCUACUGGGACACAAUAUUUAAGGAAUUGUAUAAUUUGUGACCUCGUAUUCAUAUGAGUACAUGUAAUGUGGUGAACAUUCUGAGCCAUCCAGCAAGCUCUCGUUCGUUCAUCCCUUACUUACUCGAAUGGCAGAAAAUAAUGCCCAAUCUGACCCAGCCUUCAUGAAGUCAGACGGACGAGAGGAGGAGAAACAGCCACUUUGGAACAACAAUAGCAAUAAUCAUAAUCAUAAUCAUAGUCUGUACAUUCGGGGGAAGAAGAAAGGAGACGCGUGGCUGGUACGAAACCCAAGCACAACAUCAACACCCAAGAUUGGACUCUUUUUCGGGACAGUUAAACUCUCUUCCCCGAAAUAAUCAUGGACUGACUUUACGCAGACACAUUACCUGCUUUUUUUACUGCCCUGCUGUGUCUUGUGCUGAUCUUUGACACGUAUCUACGACGGAACAACAACAAUGAGGAGGAGGACGAUGAAUAUUAGUGUCUUUUUAUCGUAUUCACCUUAGCCAUCCGAAUCAAAGGGUGACACUCAAUAGCGGAGUCUUGUUGUUCCUUGCAGCCCAUCUGGCCCAGGAUUUUAUUUUAUGCGAGUCUCAUGUGCACGUGUUUAAGUAUCCUAUCCAUUUGCUUGAAUGACCGAUUAGCAGGAGCGUAAAAGUGAAUAAGAAAUGAGGAAACUGAUUCCUCCGUAAUUGGGGAGACGAGAAGACGGGGGGAUAAUGUGAUGAGAAAGUGGGAGAAGAGAAAGUAGAUAUUAGACGGUGGUGGUGGUUUGCUCCUUAUUUGCUGGCUAUCUAUCCAGAUAUAGUCGAUGAAAUCCUGUACGAGAGGAAGGAGGAGGUAAUGAAAUCCCAAUACUACCAAAAGUUGGCUCGUGAUGUGGACGAUCUGUAUCGGGAUAUCUCUAAAAAUGAUGCGGUUGCCAAUAUCAAGAAAUUUUACGGGAUGUUAAAAAGUUUCCUUGCUCGCAAAUUGAGUGAGAUGGAUGACUUGGUUCCUGUUUGGAGGGUGGGGCCGGCCUGGGUUGCUUCCUUGUGGGAGGAGGUGAAAGGGCUGGAGGUUGCCCAACUGGUGCGAAUUCGGGUGGAUGAGAUGAUGGCCAAGAUAAGUUGGCUGGUAGAGUACACCAACCUGGACGAGACGAUUCAAGAGAUCCUUGUCCUUCUCUACACUCAAGGCUCCAACUUGUACUCACAAACCGUUCUCCAAGCAUCUGCUCGCCACCAAAGUGCCAAAACUAAAUUCAUUUUUGACUCUGAUAAGGGGAUCAUCAGUCUGGAACAGAAGUUGCCGAUGCCAAUGGCUGCGUUUAAUGAGACUCCGGAUUUCCAGAGGUUGCCCGAGUAUGAGAGCUUCACCAAGUGGCAAGAAGUCCUGAGGUCGUCAAAGUCAUCCCUGGCAAGGAUUGUGCAGGAGCAGUGGUGGAGAUCGAUGGGUGGCCCCUAUGCGUGGCUGCCCCCGUUCGAUGGGCACGCAAUGAUCGUUUUUCCCGAGUACAUUUCGACAUUCGAUGGCCUCUCGUUCAAACUGGGCCUCCCUUCAGCGAUAAUGGGAAGCUGCAGCUAUGUCUUGGUUGCGGAUUUGGUGGAUGCAAACUUUUCCGUGGCGUUGGAAGUGCAGCGAUCCCAAAAUAAGACGAUUCACAACAUCUUCGUCACAGCAGGGCAUAACACGAUUGUGAUCGACUUAGAACAGAAGGGACUGAGGGACCCCAAACGCGGAAACCAACUGCUGAACCUCCCCCUGCAAACUCCGAACCUCCGCGCUUUCCUCCAAGACAUGGAACUUGUUGUCCAAAGUCCGAAAGGGGUCACGGUAUCAUGUCACAUUCUCCACCACAUUUGCCAGUUCCAUGUCUCAGGAUGGUACUCUCGAAAAGUUGGAGGUCUGUUGGGGACCAUGGACGAGGAACAUAGCACGGACCGAACUGCGAGCUCAGGUCGUCGCGACCUCGACUUGGUGGAUGUGGUCAACUCGUGGCAGUUUGGUGAUGACACAACGGUUGCUUCGACUUGCAAUGCAAGACUCAGCCCAAGUUUGGUGGUUGUUCGUGAGGAAGGUGGUGAUGGUGCUUUCUCCAAAGCUGUAUCUAUCUGCCAAAAGAUGUACCGUCGCCCCACGUCCAGUCUGCAACCCUGCUUCGCCACGGUCAACACGGAUCCCUUCUACGAGAUGUGUUUGAUGGGAGUCGGGAAGGAAGGGACGGAUCUCUGCACCUCCGUCAUGGCAUACCUAACGGCCUGCAAGGACACGACCGGUGGUGGCGUCCUCCUCAAAACUCCGUCCAUGUGCGUCAAGUGUGAAAUGAAUGGAGAAGAGAUGAUGGAUCGGGACAUGAAGGUGAUCAGUUCUCCACCACCCGGAAGUCCACCCUUUCUCUCCACCGACGUCGUCUUCAUUGUCGAAGCCAAAGAAUGCAAUCGGGCUUUUCGGAUGAGACGAAAAAUCGACACGCUCGCCAAACACAUUGAAGAGCAGCUUCAAGAGAACCACUUCAAGCAAAAUAGAUAUGCAGUGGUGCUUUUCGGGGGAGAUGGCGUUUUGGAGAAGCCGAGGAUCGUCGUUCAAGCCAAAGAAGUGUUCACGACUGCCUCGAACGUAGGAAAACACCUCGCAAGUUUACCAACAGGAACGAAUGGAAGCAGGGAUAUCUUGGCUGGAAUCGACUUUGCUUUGCAGCAUCUAAAUUUCCGGCCAGGGGCGAGCAAGACAUUGAUCCUAUUUCCAUGCAGCUCUUGUCAACCGCAGGACAUGACGACGGUGGACUAUGCCGAUUUAUACUAUUCAAUGGUGGAGAAGAGCGCCACACUGCACGUCUUCCUGGACGAGCCCUUUCCCACGGAUAACAAAAACCUGGCUAAAAAGAUUUUUGGUAUUGACACUGGUUCCGUGUUCACCAAGGCUGACGCUCCUUCUCUGCAAAGUAAUAACAACACCCGUGGUCUUAAAGCCAACAUCAAUUCUAGACGUCAAGUGAAAGUUCCUAAAAGUCUGCUCGGCUACUGUGCUCCACUCGCACUCCAGACGAAUGGAUCCAUAUUCACGACCAAAAAGUUACAAAACCGACAAGACAACAUGUUUUCCACCGUGUUUGGAGAUCGUGUGGCGAGAACGGCGUCUCCCUCGGCGUGCCAGACCUGCUACUGCUCCUCCGCUGGAGUAGAAUGCUUUGAUUGUGAAUAUCCCAGAUACGAGUCCAGGCUGGAAGAGGACGAGGAGGACGAACUGAGUGAGAGUGAUUUAAUUGGACCUAACUCAUCAUCAUCGUCCUCUGGUGACAAUAACCUCGGUCUGGACGAUGUAAAUUCAGAUUCGGAGGAAAGCGAAGAGAAUGACGACUAAAUCAUCAGAAAUUUAUAUAGAAAAUAGCUUACACAAAUAUCAGUCAACAUUAUUUAUUUUGGUUACCAGUUUUUGUAUAAAAAUAAUAAAAUCUGUACUUUAUUCACAA